AUGGCUUCGACCAGCCUCUCCCUCCUCUGACCUCCUCUCCACACCGGAAACACCCCCCAAGCUGGUACCAUGGAGAUUGUGUACGUGUACGUCAAGAAGCGCAGCGAGUUCGGGAAGCAAUGCAACUUCUCCGACCGCCAGGCGGAGCUGAACAUCGACAUCCCGCCCAACCCCGAGCUGGCUGAGCAGUUCGUGGAGCGGAACCCCGUGGACACGGGCAUCCAGUGCUCCACCAGCAUGUCCGAACACGAGGCCAACACAGAGCGGUUUGAGAUGGAGACCCGGGGGGUUAACCACAUCGAGGGGGGCUGGCCCAAGGAUGUGAACCCCCUGGAGCUGGAGCAGACGAUCCGCUUCCGGAAGAAGGUGGAGAAGGACGAGAACUACAUCAAUGCCAUCACGCAGCUGGGCUCGAUCAUGGAGCACUGCAUCAAGCAGAAUAACGCCAUCGACAUCUACCAGGAGUAUUUUGAUGAUGAGGAUGCGGUUGAGGUGACGGAAGAGGCUCCCUCAGCUAAAACCAUCAAUGUUUUCAGAGAUCCUCAGGAAAUUAAGCGGCCAGCCAUGCACAUCUCCUGGCACCCCGAUGGCAACAGGAAGUUGGCAGUGGCGUAUUCUUGCUUGAAUUUUCAACGGGCACCUGAGGGCAUGAGCAACGAAUCGUACAUCUGGGACCUGGAAAACCCCAACAGGCCAGAAAUUGCCCUAAAGCCAUCUUCUCCUCUUGUCACCUUGGAAUACAACCCCAAAGACUCCCAUGUGCUCCUGGCAGGUUGCUACAACGGGCAGAUCGCCUGUUGGGACACCCGGAAGGGCAGCCUGGUGGCGGAGCUGUCCACCAUUGAGUACAGCCACCGAGACCCUGUGUACGGCACCAUCUGGCUGCAGUCGAAGACAGGCACUGAGUGCUUCUCGGCAUCCACGGACGGGCAGGUCAUGUGGUGGGACAUCCGGAAGAUGAGCGAGCCCACCGAGGUAGUCAUCAUGGACAUCACCAAAAAGGAGCAGCUGGACCAUGCCUUGGGGGCCACCUCCCUGGAGUUCGAGCCUACUCUGCCGACCAAGUUCAUGGUGGGCACGGAGCAAGGCAUCGUCAUCUCCUGCAACCGCAAGGCCAAGACAUCAGCCGAGAAGAUUGUGUGCACCUUCUCAGGCCACCAUGGCCCCAUCUAUGCCCUGCAGAGAAACCCGUUUUACCCAAAGAACUUUCUGACCGUCGGCGACUGGACCGCCCGCAUCUGGUCAGAAGACAGCCGGGAGUCGUCCAUCAUGUGGACCAAGUACCACAUGGCCUAUCUCACUGAUGGCGCCUGGAGCCCCGUGAGGCCGGCGGUCUUUUUCACCACCAAGAUGGACGGGACCUUGGACAUCUGGGACUUUGUGUUCAAGCAGUGUGACCCUGCCCUCAGCCUGAAGGUGUGUGACGAGGCCCUCUUCUGCCUCCGGGUGCAGGACAACGGGUGUUUCAUCGCCUGUGGCUCCCAGCUGGGGACAACCACGCUGCUGGAGGUCUCCAACGGGCUGUGCACCCUCCAGAGGAAUGAGAAGAAUAUGGCCUCCUCGAUAUUCGAGCGUGAGACCCGGCGGGAGAAGAUCCUGGAGGCCAGGCACCGCGAGAUGCGGCUGAAGGAGAAGGGCAAAGCUGAGGGCAAGGAGGACGACCUGAGGGAGGAGGAGCCCGCCUUGAAACUGGAGAACCUGGUCACCAAGGCCGAGGAGGAGUUCUUCAACGUCAUCUUCACGGAGCUGAAGAGGAGGGAGGCGGAGGCCAUGAAGAAGAAGCCCAAGCCUCUGAAACAACCAAGCCUGGAGACAGAUGAGGAGGCGGAGGGAGAAGAAGGGGAGGAAGAAAGAGGCGGUGAAGAGAGUCCAACCUUGGAAGGUCGGCCUUGACCGGAGCCCCACUCGCCGGAGCCCCACUCAUUCACACCUGUUUCCCGCCUCUCGGCACCGCCCUGGUUCUACAAGUGGGGGGCUGACCACCUCCCUUAAAGGGUCUCUGGGGUGGGGGAGGGCUGGAGGAGCAAAGGGACCCUGACCCAGCCCCCUCACCCCGCAAAUCCCUGGUCCCUGCUGACUCCUUGAACCCAGUUCAGAGAGACCCCUUGGAGGGAGGGAAGGGGCAGGGUUCAUCCCCGAGCUGGUCCCCUCAUCUCAGCCACAUCCCAGCCGACCUCAUCCAGGUCCCCCAGCCCUGCCUGUUCGCUUGGAUUCAGCUUCGCAAGGGCUUUCCCAACGAGCAUCUUCCUUCACACGCUUGCAAAGCCUCCUCUGGGUUUGCCCCAGCCAGGGCUGGGCCUCGGGAAGGCCUGUGGGUGGGGGAAGGGGUCUCUCCUCCUCCCUACUGACCCCCCCCCG